AUGAUACUUGAUUUAAGAGUAAAAAUCAAAGAAAAUAACGCAGAAACUAUAAUAAAAAAAUUGAAACAAAGAAUUGUUUUAUUAGAAGAAGAGUUGGAAUUGAUGAAAGAAGAAAGAGACAACGGACAAAAAAAUUAUGAAAUAUUAGAAACAAAAUAUAAAAGAGCUCUUGAGAAAUGAGAAGAAGAAAAGGAUUUAAUUAGAUAUGAUAAGGAAUUAUCAUUGCAAGAAGUUUCGCAACUUAAAAUAAGCCUGCAAGAAAAAGAAAACAUUAUUGAUGAAAAUAAAGACAGCAUAGCUUUUAUAUCAAAAAUGCUAACACAAACUAAUCAAAUGAAUAAUGAGCUUAAUCAAAAAAUGCAAAGUCUAAAUGAGGAAUUAGAUAAAGCCAAUAAAAACUAUCAUGAAUCACAAAAAUCAUCAAAAUUAGCAGAAGGGUAUGAAAAACAUUUAGAAAUUUAUAUUGAAGAUAUCACAGAUAAAGAAAAAAAGAUUGACAGAUUUAAUGAAAGCGUUGAAGCUAUAAUAGAAGUAGCAAUUCAAAUUAAAAAUCUUAAAGAAGAGAUUGCACAAAAAAUUUCAAAUUCAGAAAGCUGAGAAGGAAAGUUUCCAGAAGAGAUCAAAUAUCUUGAAUUUCAAAAAGAAAAUAUCAGCAAUAUUUAUGAAAAAUUAAAUGCAAGCAUUAUUGAUUAUAUUGAAAUUAAUGCUAUAGCCUCUGAUAAAACUAUAAGAUCAAAACUCGCUGAUCUAAAUGCAGAUAUCAAAAGACAAAUUUCGAUAAAAGAAAAAUACCAAACAAAGUACAACAAUUCUAAGCAAGAAAUAAUUCGAUUAGCGGCUUCAAUUUCAAGCUUAAAAGAUUUGCAUAAAGAUGAAAUAUCUAAAUUAAAAAAAAUUAUUGAUUCAAAUGUCAUCUUAUUUGAAAAGUUAAAAAAUGCAAAUCAUGAAAAUAAAGAAAAGCUUAUAGGAAAAGAUUUAGAGAUAAAAAAGCUUGAAAAUAAAAUAAAGGUUCAAAAUGAAAAAAUUGAUGAUUUCAUUACACAGAAAGAAGAAUUUUCUUUAAGAGAGGAAGGGCUUAAGCUACAAUUGGAACAUUUUAAAUCAAAAAUGAUGAAGCUAUUAGAAGAAAGACGCUCAGCAGACUUCGAUCUUAGCAUAAGAGAAAACAAUUUAGAAAAAUCUCUUUGGAAAAUUGAUUCAUUGAAAGAUGAAUUAAUGAAACGAGAAAAUGAAAUCGUCAAAAAAAAUCAAAAGUUAAUUUUAUUAGAAACUGAGAUGCAAAGGCUAAAAACAAACAUAAAUAAAUACAUUUAUCAUAACAGAAACAUUGAAGGCAAUCUGCUAGGGAAUUAUCUAAAAGAGUUGGCCACAAGAGAUCAAAAAAUUGAAAUUUAA